GAACAACUGUUAGGUGUCCUCCUCAAGAUCCUCGCUAGAUCUUCUCCUCUUAUUUAUACAACUGAGGUGAAAAGUCAUAUUCCUCUUAGGAACCACAGGAUACCCAUUUGAGAUUUCUCCUUAAAAUUUUAGUUUUUUGAGUCUGAAGAAAAAUUCUAGGAUACCCAUUUCUCUUCUGUCAUGGGAUUGGGAAGGGGUCUGGUCAAAAGGGUCUUCUGCAAGAACAAAUCUUCAAUUGGUGCUGCCAAUGAGAGAAACUUUGGUGUGGAUAAGAGUAGAUGGACUUCGGUGAGGCUCUAUUUAUGUGGAGAAGAAUUGAACUCGGUUAUGGUAGAAAACGAUUCAGAUUCUAUUAGGAGUUCAGAAGCAACUGUGAUGCAACCAUUUCAAGAAGAUUCAGUGGAUGAACAAAGUUCCGAGAUAGCGAGAAUCGAAGAACUUGAUGAAUUAAUCACAGAAGAAGAAAAUGCGCUAGCUAAGCUCAAUGAGGAACAAGCAGCAAUCUUUAUUCAAUCAGCAUUCAGAGGCUUUAUGGCAAGGAAACUGUAUGGAGAGAUUUGUAAAUCCAGUAAAGGGGAUGGGAUUGGAGAUGAAGAUCCAAGUGUACUGAAUGAGGCUGCAUCAAUUGAAGUUCUAGUAGAUGAUUCUAUUGAAAAUUUUAGCAUUCUUGAAGAAAAUGGCUCGAUGCAUCAUCGGGUGUUUCAUAAGUCCAAGAGCCAAGUCUACAGGUUGAAGGAAGAGUGGGAUGAUAGUACUUUGAGCAGUGACACACUGAGACUAAGGAUCCAAAACAAGCUUGAAGCAACAACUAGACGCGAGCGAGCUCUAGCCUAUGCAUUCUCUCAACAGCUGAGAACUUGCACAGCAAAAAAGAAACCAGCAUGGUCAGACUCAAACACCGAGCCCAACAGUGGCUGGACCUGGCUCGAGAGAUGGAUGGCCACUCGAGCACCAGAGAAAUCCUCAGUGGUGGACGAUUGCUGGAGCAAGCAAUUGGAGCCUUCGAGUGCUAAUCACAAAUUAUUGAUGCUUACAAAUAAGAGACUUGAUAUAUCGGUUGAAGGGAAGGAAAGUUGUGGUUCUAAUGAUGUACCCGUUAACUUGGAAGGAGUUGAUGCAUUGCAUUCUGAGGCUGCUGGAGAUGGAUCUGGUCGUGUUAAGAGCAGGUUUAAAGCUGCGAGAAGAGUGUCAAGGAGAAAGACGAUGCCAGAGUAUCAUCGAUCAUUAGGAUCAGCCAAAGCAAGCAAGAAAGUUCCUUCAAAGGAGGCAGAGGAGAAAAAGCACAAGCAAGUUGCGGCGAAAGCCGCAGGAGAAGCAAAAGGCAAAGAUGCAUCCUAAACCAUCAUCAGACUACUAUUUAGACUGUUAAAUACAUAGAUGUUUAAACGAUGUGAGAGUUACUCUAUAUAGAAAACAAUCUAUAUGUAUAUUCAGAGUUUUAUUUGAAGACAUCUAACUUCAAUAAUAGGUUGAAACUUGUUUGGUGGAUUUGAA